GAUUGCAAACAUCGGUUCUACUGCCCACCUCUCCUGUUUACAAAAUGCAUCGUGCGUCUCCAUCUGUCAAAUGGAUAAGCAGAUAAGCACUAAGCAGACGAAUAUUGUAUCGUUUCAUUGCGCCAGCGUUUACUCAAAUCCACUCGAAAGAGAAACAAUAAUGAGAAACCAUAAACGCGUGGGCUGGAAAAACUCUUGCACCUGAAACGGCGAGAGCUCGGCCCACCUGUGUCUGAAUUAAUCUCACGGAGAGACUGCCUUCUCACAAAUUGGAUUAACGUUGACUACUUGAGCACAUUUUUCUACUCUCUUCGUGCUCACCCAAUUUUCACAAAUUAGUACUCAAUUUACUUAAGAGCAUAGAUCACUGUCGCUAGGGUAGUCCUCCAAAUAGUGGCCUAAAGGUGAGUUAAGUAACUUGAACGCACAGAGAGUGAGUAAGAGCAAACUCGCUGCGUACCAAUGUUGUACCUCUGAGAGAAUGGCUUUCCCACUUAGAAGAGGCGAGAUGUGGCGAUUGGGAAAAUUAUUUAUAUUUAUAACCAGUCAGUUCUCACCGUUCGCACAGCAGAACCGUUCUUUAGUUCACCGCGAGCAAGCAACCGAUACGGAUUAAGAAAACGGAGUUUUGGAAGCGAAAACGAUCGUUCAAGCGAGUCAGACCUAGGAUAACGAUAUUUCCUGGAACCGGACUUUGUGAAAGUUGCGAAAUUCGCCUGGGAAUUUUCCGAAACGUGGUUGAUUCACCAGUGAAGGGGACAUUUUUGGCGUGAACCAGCGCGCGCGUGUUUUUUUGUUGAUUGCCCACAGCAUUUCGGUGGACUUGAAACCGUAACCUGCCUAGGAGAAGAUUUAUUGCAUCGGUCACUAAGCGUCACUAAGACGGUGUUGUAAUACAAGCAGUGAGAUAAUAUUUAAUUAGAAGAAAAGAAGGAAACAAUGUGUUCGGUUGGGUAAAAAUCAGAAUGAAUUUUGAAAAAGUGCUAUCAGAGGAGGAAUUUCGUGAAUUUUUCGGUUUUCCUUCUGAGUGAUUUUCCGCAAGCGUGAAGAGCAACGUCUUCGAAGGGGUCGAACAGUGUCGAACGGUGGACAGUGGUGUUUAUUUUUAGUGAAAUAAUGAAGCCUCUCAGCCGUUGGUGAUUUUCCCGCAGAACGUCAGAAGCAACAAGACCUGUCAGUCAAACUCGUUCUCAAUAUACGGGAAGUUAACCACGAAGCAGAAGAUUUAGAGGUCGAGCGACCAGUGCAUGUUUUUCCCCAAAAAGCGACCGCCGAAAUAGAAUUGCAUCUGCAUACACUGAAUGUGGACGAGGGUGAACAGAAAGGAGGAUAUGUGCUGAACAGGAAAUUUAUGCUCCACUGAAUGAGUCUCGCUUAGGAGGAAAACGAUGCUUUUUGGUAGCCAGACGUAACAUCGGACCCCGCACGUGCUACUGGAUAGUGAAUCGCGAUAGACGCGAUAGAACAGCCAGUGUAAACUAUUUAUAGUUGUUCCACGAACUCCGAAAGAGAAAAAGUAGAACACCAAAAUCACGAACUAGGUCGUUCAUAAGCUAACAGGCAAAGGAGGCGCCCGUUCCUCCUGAUGCUCGAGACGCACCUGGUAGACCACCAACGACGCCAAGAUGUCUUUCUGUCGUAUCACCGGCAAAUGCCGGUCUCUUCCGAAGCCGAACUACUUCCCUAUGCUUCCUCCCAUCUCACCAGCGGAUGCAAAACGAUUCUGCCGAAUUACAGGCAAGUCCUAUGGACUCCCAUCACAUCACUACAUACCCGUAAUGCUGAUCAAAUCUUCAGGAAAAACGAAGUGUAAAGUCACCAACGUAUCUGAUCAACUCGAUCCGCACCAUUAUUUCCCCGGACACUAUGGAAGUCGAAAACAUACCGUCAUUUGCCAAUUUCGAUACGUCUUUCCCAUUCUGGAUGAUCAAGAUGAAGCCCAAAAGAAUCUCACAAACAUUUUGGUGCAAAAAACGAAAUCAAUCGAGCAAAGUCUCUAUGUUUAUAAAGUUGACGAACGCAAUUUUGGACUAGUUUUCCCGGCCAAAUUGGAAGCGGCUGUUCGCGACGGAGAUGUACGUGACGUUAUGCUCGCCAAGGAGUCUGACAAACUCCUCAUAAAACUUAAAAAAGGAAACAGCAUCGCCGUCAGCCUCAAGAACGUCGAACAAGCCGACCUAGAAAACCUUUACGAAGGCGAAGGACCUCGAGAAGAUGUGAUUAAAAAACGUGAAAUAGAAGAUGCCAAACGGCCGAAACCCCAAGGUAGAUCUAAUCUCUCCAGCAUCGCCCACAUUUUCGAAGAGAAAGAGAAGAUUCAAGAUCUCGAAGAAGAAGAGGAACAGAAGUUCAUGGAAGCUCAUCGCGAAAAAGCCGUCCGACUAGCGGAAGAACGUCGCGAACGUCAACUGGAAGAAAAACUAAAAGCUUUGAAACUCAACGAGCACCUGAUCGAACAAGACCCCGAACUCAACGAUCUGGUCAAACCCAUGAUCGAAUCCUGGGACUGGAGCACUUUGGAAAAGGAAGCCUCCGACUCCAGUACUACCACCAACUCCUUCAAGACACUUCCAGAACCUCACCAAAUUACCCCCGUCAAUCUACCGCCAAAACAUCUACAAGUAGAUCACGCCAUCCUGGAAAAAUCCUCCGGCAUGGAAGCGGCAUCCUAUGUUGGGACAAUCACCCCCACCAAAAUCGAGCUCAAAUCAGAACGCCUGAACGUCAUGAAAUCCCUACCUCCGGAUGUACUCGACGCUCUGGCACACGUAGAGGAAAAACUCGCCUCCCAAGCUGAACUUCUCCCGCAUCUAGACGAUCUCGCCUCCGUGAUCACACGUCUGCAAGACUCCCAACCAACGGAAGUCAACGGAAUCCCGGGCGUCAAACUGGUCGUCAAUCACCAGGAAAUCUUCGUUCCUGGCCAAACCUUGGUCAUUAACAACAAACCGACCUUUAUCCCUGGCCAAACCGUUGAAACCGACAAUGGUCUUCUGGAGUUUGUUCCCGGCGUCACGAUCACUUCCCACGACAGCAGCUCGAUUCAGUUCAUUCCCGGCGAGGUCGCUCUGACCAAAGCCGGAAAGCCACAAUCCUUUGUUGCUGGCAAAGUGAUCGACGGUAAGUUCGUUUGUGGCCAAGUGCUCACCGUCAAUGAUGAACCCCAGUUCGUGCAAGGCCAAACGAUCGUCACUCCGGAAGGUGUGAGCAAGUUCGUUGCCGGAGUAGUUGAUGAAAAAACGGGAGAAUUCGUCCCAGGGCAGAACAUUCAAACGCCGGAUGGUGUCAAGUUCGUUCCUGGGCAGACCAUUACCGUCAACGGGAAGGAAAAGUUCAUUCCUGGACAAACUGUUAUGAGGGACAACAAGGAAAUGGUGUUUGUACCCGGUCAGACGGUGGUUGACGAGAAGGGUCAGUCAAAGUUUGUUCCUGGAAAAACAAUCGUUUCUGCCGAAGGAUCCAAAUUUGUCCCCGGCCAGUAUGUGGAUGACACGUUUGUACCUGGCAUAUCUGAUGGAGAGAAGUUUGUUCCUGGUGUGAACAUCGAAACCAAAGAAGGUUCGAAAUUCGUCCAAGGGCAGAUCGUUCAUACCAAGCAUGGUGAUGUAUUCAUGCCGGGUUCCACGAGCGUCAACGAGAAGGGUCAGGUCCUAUUUGAAUUGGCCUCAACGAUCGAUGCCGUAAAAUUCAGUGAAGCCACUCCAGUGGGUAUGGUGAUGGACAGUGACAAUAUGAAGAUUACGGAGCCGGCACUUUGCGUGUUUGGACACAUGGUUCAACAAGAAACCGGGGUGGAGUUCUACCCCGAAAAGAUCAAGAAGGAAGACCUUCCGCAUGGAAAGAUCGUCCCCGGAAAGUUGAUCAAACAACUUGCCCAGACCAAGUUCAUCCCUGGAAUCAACGUAGAAGAAGGCUUCAUACCAGGCCAGGUGGUGCAAACCGAUCAUGGAGAACAGUUCGUACCAGGCCAGGUGAUUGAGACAUCCGAAGGUCUUAAAUUUGUUCCAGGACAGAUUGUUGAAACCAAAAACGGUGCCAAGUUUGUGCCAGGUCAAACGAUGCAAACUGCCGAUGGGCCGAGAUUUGUCCCAGGUCAGAUCAUCAACACCAAAGCUGGUCCGACGUUCAUUCCUGGUCAGGUGAUCUGCACGGACGACGAUGGAGAGAAGUUUGUGCCCGGACAGGUCGUCGAUACCGACGAUGGUCCCCGGUUCGUACCGGGCCGGGUCGUUGAAACAGAGAACAAGGUUACCUUCAUCCCCGGUAGAAUCGUUCAAACUGCAGAAGGACCGAAAUUUGUCGCACCAGAUUUGAAGGAUACGGAAGACGGCGAUGAGGAAUUCUUGGUGCAAAGUUUUGCCGUUACUCCGGAGGAGCUGAAGCUGUUGAAACCGACACAGAACUCGACAACGAUUGAUGCACAGGAAAGCUCUGUGGUCGUGACAUUGGAUAGUUCUAUGCUGCAGCAAUUGUCAGAGGCCGGCAUGCACAUUGGUCGGCAGGUUGAAGCUUCGGCUGUGGACUACGUGCUCGAGAGCACAAAGGAACGAAAGGCCUUGCAGCAGUUCAUAGCAGAGCACAACAUCCAAAAUGGAAGCAUGGAUGUUCUGGAGAACUUGUUCGAUGGAUUGAAAGCGGUUUGUAAGCGAGUUGAUUUAGAUUCACUCCAAUAUGGUUCGGAAGAUGACAAGUUGGUAGACACAUCUGUUUGUAACGGCUCGAUUGGAGCCGUCGAGUCGUUGGCGACGAACCUGGCGACGAUUUUGGCGAACACAAGUGAGUCUGAAAACUGCAAUAUGUACGAGGUGAUUGCCGAAGCCAUUAAGAUGUCCAACGGAGAAUACAGUAUUGAAGAACUGCAACAUGUGAUGGAGAGUCCUGCUGCUGUGGAUUACCUGGCUGGAGUGGUGAACAAGACAAUUGUCAAGAAUAACAUCGAUCAGAAACUGAAAACGAUAACGGCGUUGGUUGGUGAUGAAAACCAAGGUAGAGAAACUAGCGUAGUACCUCCAAAAGGCGCAAUUGAAGAGUUCUGUCAGCUCAUGGACAACGACCGCAUGUCUGAGGCAUUCGUUAAUCUGCUAAAGAAGGAUGAGAAUCUGUUUAAAUCUAUCGUGGCCGGUCUGAAAACAACAGGCGUGGUUGAAGGUAGUGUAAAUAUUUCGGAGAUCCUUCAAGCUGCAGUCGUAGACAGUAUUCAAGAGAAGGCACAAACCGCGAUAAUCGAUCUACUCAAUGAACCCAACAGGGACCAAUUAACUGCGUUGCUGAAGAAGUCAGAAGGUCUAGCUAUGGCGCUGGGAAAUAGUAAAGAAGCGGAAGCCUUCGAAUAUUUACUGACGCAUCCGCAAGCCUUGAAAGAUUUAAAUAAGGAAGAUGAUUUGUUCACGAUCAUCAAUCGUGUACUGAUCAUGGAAGAGUUGGCAGAAGACGACGACGAGUAUCGUGAACUGAUUGAUAGUCUGGAAAGGACCCCUUCGCACGCUACCAAGAGCGAUAAACUUAGGGAUCUAAUUCGUCAAAGUGGUGCCCUUUCAUUCGCUCCUGCCAAAAAGCAAACAAUCGAGUCAUCCAAGGACGUUCCAUUAUCCCUAUUCUACACCAAUAACCAGCUAGCCAUCGAAGAGUUCUUCCUCAAGAGCGGCCAAACCCAGAGACACUGCCCGAAAGCGUUCCUCAUCAUUAAACGAGGCAUCCAGGCAGUAAUCCCUCGCGAGUCUAGCCACGAGGUGCUUGCGGGUAAGAUCGCCUACACCGUGCUGGAUGAGCACGGCAUCCGUCAGUUCCAACCGAUGAACGUCCUGAACGCGCUGCAAAUUACUCCACGGUUCCUGAACCGUUUUUCGAUGUAUACUUGUGAUAUCUGCGAGGAGCCGGAUCUGGACACCCUGAGCAGCAGUAGCAGCCACGGAGACGGCGAUGUGGACAGUGAUGGAUACUACUACAGUCCUCGGCGGCCACUGUCGAGGAAGGGAUCGCUGUACAACAGUAGCACCAGGAGAGCAGACAGACUGGAUUCGCCGAUCCGCCACCAUCAGCGUCCUCCAACGGGUACGACGACGAUGCCGAACGGUUAUCAUGAGCGAUAUGCGCAUCACGUAGAAAGCAUGAAGACUCUUCCGAUGGCCAUGCGGAUAGCGAUCAAGGCCUCCAUCUCGCGGGAAGCACCGAUCAUCAAAUCAUCCAGUCGGGAUUACCUCCACCGGUCCUCGUCGUACUCCCGGCUAAAGUGAAAACAACCGUCGCUUCGCUGCGGUGCUGAUUGGCGCAGAGUUUGUUUAUUGUAAAGUAGGGUUAGGUUCGGGUUAGGGACAGUGGUGGCCGGAUGAUUACGCAUUACCGCAGUAGUGUUGUGGAAACCAAGGAAACUGUUCGGGAGUCCUUGAUUUUCUGAACGAAUUUGCUGAAAGUACCGUCCAUUAAGAACGGGAUAUUGAUUUAUCAAUACUAGAACCCACGAUGAUAUUUCAAGCAUUUGUAAGGUUCCGUCGCGCUCAUUCGUUGACUUUCGAACACAAGCAUUGGGCUCCUGUGGUAAAACUUCUUGUGCGUCAAUUUUUUAGUGGAACACAAAUUCCACUUUAUUAAAUAUUAGGUGACAAUCACGGAUCUUCUGUUUUUUGCCCUACUGAUGAAGUCCUGUGGUUCGUGUCAACAAUUUUAGCAUAAAACCUCCGCAUAACGUUCCGAUUCAUUUCCUAGCACAAAUGUGUUUCGCCAAUCAUCCGACUUGCACUGUAACACCCAAAUACCCAAUAUCUAUAAGUGUGAGCUGUGGUCUUUCAAAAGUAUGAUUAAUGCCAGCUGAGAAAUAGCCUGUAGGAUAUACAUCGUAUUUUGCCAGGGUCAAACAGAUUCAAGCAUGUCUGUUUCACUUGUUUCUCCCAUGCAAAAAAAAUAUGUUGAAGCGAUCAAUCUGUCAGUUUGACCCAGGUGUAGCAAACAAGGUUAGGUUUUUUAUAGAUUGUAAGCGUGACCCCUUUUAGAAAAUUAAGAGAAAACCCCCCAAAUGCACACCACUACGGACAGCGGUUCCGAAGAUGUAAACAUUUUAACCAAUGUAGUCAUUAUUGCCACGAGCGCAUCCAGAAUUAUAUAUGUAUAUUUACAAAUAUAAUAUCUACGCCACAACAUCUGAUGUGUAUAAAGCCAGUAUAGAUUUGCAAUAAAGAGAAAGUGAAAAUCAA